UCAGUCUUGACGGCUAGACUAGCUCGGAAUCAGUCCAGGAACAAGGGUUUGCUUGAUGUGAUAGGCACAAGCGCAGAACCUUCUCUCCCUCUUCCUCUUAUCUCUUACUCACUCGCAGUCACAGACGCUAGCCAACCGCAACGAGGGAAACCGCCAUCCGGCGUCGAGCACGGAGAAUCACUCGCAUGCGCAUAUGGCGUGCCGGCCUGGGCUCGUCACGGAGUUAUCUCCAAUUCGCGGUACCGCUCGCGGGCAUUGACGGAGCCCCCACCCCCCUAA